UGCCGAUUGCGUAUGGGAUGGAUAUUGACCAUUCUUUCAAUUUUGUUUGUUUGGUUAGCUUCUCUUUGGAAGAUUUUCUUCUCCCAUUCAACCACUUUUAAAUUGAAACCAGGUUCACCUCUACACAAGAAGAAUGUAUUACUGGUUGUUGCCCACCCUGAUGAUGAGUCCAUGUUCUUUUCACCAACAAUAAACUACCUGACUUCAAGAUGGCACAGUGUUUACCUAUUAUGCAUGUCUAUUGGCAAUGCAGAUGGCAUGGGAGACAAUAGAAAAGAUGAGCUUUAUCGUGCUUGUGUAAUGAACAAGGUUCUACUUGAUCAAGUGAAGGUUUUGGACCACCCGGAUUUGCAGGAUGGUUUUGGCCAAGUCUGGAACCAUGAUUUAUUGGCAAAUAUCAUUGAAGAGGAGGUUUAUGGUCACGUGAUUGAUGUUAUUAUUACAUUUGAUAGCUAUGGUGUUUCGGGUCAUUGCAACCAUGGUGAUAUGCAUUAUGGGGUACGCAAGUUCCUGCAUGAUUCUUCACCAGGAAAUAUUGAAGCCUGGGAACUUGUGAGCAUUAACAUAUUGCGCAAGUAUAGUGGACUGUUUGACAUCUGGAUGUCAGUGAGCAUUAACAUAUUGCGCAAGUAUAGUGGACUGUUUGACAUCUGGAUGUCAAGUUUAGACGUCAUGCGACAUCCAACGGGUCUAAGGCAUUGCUUGUGUAAUGAGCAUCCACAGAAGAGCUUCCUGGCAAUGGCGCAACACUUCAGCCAAUGGGCGUGGUUCAGAAAGCUUUUCAUUUCAUUUUCUAGUUAUACUUACAUUAACACUCUUAGAAAGAUCGAGUGAUUAUAGAUGCACUUGGAUGGACAAAGCUUCUUGGGAUUUGUGCCUGUUCAUAUUUGAGGUAUUUCUCUGCAGUGACACGGGCUGCUACUCGAUAAAUGUAUCACCUUAAAUCCAUAUCAGGCAGCCUAGUUUAAGUUUUCACAUUCCAUGAUUCGAAGCUAGCGAAUUGAGAACCCACUGAUCGGAAAAUGCAACACAUCCAUUUUUAUUUUCAAAAUUUUAGACCCUUACACAGAAACGUUAUUGGUUACAUUGCGUACAUCAUGAUCCAAAGGCAUUUGGUCAGACAUAUCAAUUUUACACCGGUCUCUCAUUUAGUUGGUCCGAAGGCAAUUUGAAGGUGACUCUGGCACUGGUGAGGCAAAAUUUUCCUACUUUGGUACGAAAAAAGAAAUCUUUAGGGUGCCAUUUCUCUUUCGUCUUGAAGUUGAAAACUUUAUUCUUAUGCUAAGCAUCAUGGAAGAUUUAUUUUUAGUACGCAAAAGUACUUUUCACUGUGAGCAUUGCUUCCUCUAAUGUUUUAGCUUUAUCAUAAAAAUGUGAAUUAUGUUGCUCUAGAUAUGGAACCUGACCUGCCACCAUAUGUCAAACUCGCAACAUG